CUGCCAUUUGCCGCAGUAUUACACUAACAAUGAAAACAAUGGGGUUCCUACAGUUCUUCGUGGCCCCUGUGGCGCUUUUGAUCCUCUGCGGUCAACGCUUUUGCUUGGCCUGCCAACAGCAGACCGAAGUGGAGCAACGGAAAGAUUGGUGGCAGACAGCGCAAUUCUACCAGAUCUAUCCACGUUCGUUUAUGGAUUCAGAUGGCGAUGGUAUUGGUGAUUUAAACGGUAUCACCUCACGUUUGGAGUACUUGAAGGACAUUGGCGUGACUGCUGCUUGGUUGUCACCAAUAUUCAAGUCGCCGAUGGUAGACUUUGGCUAUGAUAUUUCGGAUUUCUAUGAAAUACAAGAGGAAUAUGGUACGAUGGAGGAUUUCCGCGCAUUAAUUGCAAAGGCGAAUUUAUUGGGACUUAAGAUCAUCUUGGAUUUUGUACCCAAUCACUCGAGUAAUGAGAGUGAGUGGUUCAAGAAAUCGGUGAAACGUGAACGCGGCUAUGAGGAUUAUUAUGUUUGGUCCGAUGGCAAGUUGGAUGCGGAGGGAAAGCGUAUACCGCCAAGUAAUUGGCUUCAAGGCUUCCGCGGCUCUGCAUGGGAAUGGCGUGAGGAACGCCAACAAUAUUACCUGCAUCAAUUCGCCGUACAACAAGCAGAUCUAAAUUAUCGCAAUCCGACUGUAGUGGAGCAAAUGAAACGUAUUCUACGCUUUUGGCUUGAUCAGGGAGUUGCAGGCUUUCGUUGCGAUGCAGUACCUGUGCUCUUCGAAGUUGAACCUGACGAGAAUGGGCAAUAUCCCGACGAAGAGGUAAGCGGCUUAACUGACGACAAAGACGAUCGCGCCUAUCUCAAGAUGGAUCUCGUCGAAAAUCGACCAGAGACAAUCGAUAUGGUGUACCAGUGGCGACAAGUGAUGGAUGACUAUCAGCGUAUUCAUGGUGGUGAAACGCGUGUGCUACUAAUCGAGACUUACGCACCGCCUGCCUACACGAUGCAAAUGUAUGGCAAUAAAUCUGUAGAUGGUGCACAUUUGCCAUUCAACUUCAAUUUGAUUACUGGAUUGAAAUCAAAUAUAUCAGCGCCGCUGGUUGAACAGACGAUCGAUUUGUGGCUGAAGAAUAUGCCGGCGGGACGAACAGCCAAUUGGGUGAUCGGCAAUCACGACCAACGCCGUGCGGCCAGUCGCUAUGGCACUCAACGCACAGACGCUAUGAAUAUGCUGGUUAUGACACUGCCCGGUGCGAGUGUGACAUAUCAGGGUGAAGAAUUGGGCAUGAUUGACGGUGUGAUCUCAUGGGAGGAUACUGUCGAUCCCGCGGCGUGCAACUCAAAUGCUGAUAUUUAUGAGAAAUUCACGCGUGAUCCAUCACGUACGCCAUUCCAGUGGAGUGCAGGCACUAACGCAGGCUUCUCUGAUGCGGCGAAAACAUGGCUUCCCCUUGCACCAGACUAUCAAACGCUCAAUGUUGAGGUGGAAAAUGCCAAUACCAACUCGCAUUUGGCGAUCUACAAAUCCUUGGUGGAAUUGCGCAAAACGUCGAAAACGCUGCAAAAUGGCGUGCACAAAUACAAGGCGAUCAAUGACGAUAUUUUUGUCUUAGAACGCUCCCUAAAAGGUGAGGAGACGAUUGUGUAUAUUGCUAAUUUCGGCAACGAGGCUAAAACAGUUGAUGUGCAAAACGAUUUCGAUGCGUUUCUACCCAGCACAAUGACCUUGAAGAUACGCAGCUUGGAUUCGAUAAAGGCUAUCGGCGCUGAUAUCAAUGUGAAAACCUUAUCGCUGGCAGUUGGUGAGGCGGUGGUCUUGAGAGGACGCCCCAAGUGAAGCUAACAUUUUCGAAUUUUAUGACCCCUACCGAUUUUAAAAAUAAAAACUAUGCCUUCGUUGCUUUGAUAAUAUUAAAGUUCUAUUAAAAACAGUCAGAAAUAUAUGUUAUAUAUAAAUCGGAAACUAA